ACCGCCACCAUCCACUCUUGCUGCUUGUCUGUCCGCCGCAUUAGUCAGCGUGACGUACGCUGCUCUCUCCGCUUGUCGCCGGAUCUUCGAGAGAGCAGUUUCGCGCGCGCUGACCGCCUGUUUAACCUCCAACCAAAUUCUUCGUUUCCGCCAGCAACGACAUUUCUUAGGUUCUCCCAUCGUCAAUCCGUACCUCGCGCCCCCGUCACCAUCAUUGUUGCUAUUCACCUAUUCACCCAAUCGUUAUUCGCUCGACCGUUUUUCGCCCAGCCUCUCCCGAUCCUAGUAUGGCAUAUCUUCGCCAUGUCGCGACGAAGCUCGGCUCCACAUCUCUCGAGGAGGCUCGGCACCGAGGCUUGGAUCUGUUUCGCGAAACCUGUCGCGCGUUACCAAGCAUCAUGUUUCGCUACAACCUCGACGAAGUGAUCACGCGACAGGAGCUGCGAUCGCGAAUCGCCGACGAGUUUCGGCGACACCAGGACGUCGAAAAUCCCAAGGUCAUCGAUCUGCUUGUGUUUAAGGGCAGGGAGGAGCUGGUGAAUUACCUGAGCCAGUCAAAGCAGCGGCACCAUGUGAUUUCCCAGUGGGUGGUGGGGCCACAGGGCCAAGUGCCCACCAUCCCAGGGGGGGCUCACCACAAGCCGGGGAUCGUGCCCAAGGGCGGUGAAUCGCAGUUCCUUAGAAGCUUUUACGAGAGCAACUGAGUCACAGUGGUAAGGUAAAUGGUAUCAAGAACCUGGUAGCGGUGUUGGUAGUAGCAUCUGUGGCUUGUGAUGGUAUUUUCUUGUAAUGUGCUGGAGAUCUAUAGGUAUAACCAUAUCAUUCUUUACAAUGAAUUCAAAUGAACAAAAUCUAUAGAAGCUUAUGAAAUGUACAUGCCAGGCCCAUAAUUAUCAAGCUU